CAGUGCAUUACUUCAAUGCGCAAGUACAUGUGAAAGGGGAAAAGGAAAAGGCAGAUAAGUCUAAAGAUCUGACAAGAAAUCCGGAAUCACCCUCCGCAGCUCAGUUUGGUUUAUAUGUAACACGACUCCAAAAGAGAGGAAACUGAGUUUCCCUCCUCCGCGUAAAAAACCGCAGGAAUUUACGUGCCUUCGAAGCGUUCAAAACAACUUUGUGCCCCAUUUGACACUUAAAAUUAUUGAAAAAACUUACCUGGUUUGAAUCGGGGAAAAAGGUAGGUUUCUGGGAGCGAAACUCAACUUUUCUUGAUCCGAUAACAGUCCAGUGUUGCCUUUACAACCUGUUUUUAGUGCUUACUAUUAUACUCAUUUUAUGUUGGGAAAGAUCUCAAUGCGUGCUAACGGCUCCCUGUAAAAUGUUUCUACUAUUUUGUGUGUGUAUCCUUCACCAGACACACGGACUCUCAGUGCCACUAGACUAUGGGUCCAGUUUCCCUUCAUCCCUGCACUUUCAACCUCUAGAGGCAUUUCUCGAAGAGGAUCCAAUCACGAAGCCCCCGCGGCCCAUGUUCAAUGUCACCCAUAAAAUUUUUAUGGACUUCAAGCAAGGAGACAAAGAUUUGGGGCGCAUCAUAUUCGGGCUCUUCGGUGAGGUCGCCCCCAAAACUGUGGAGAACUUCAGGACCAUUGCAACAGUCGGUAUCAAUGGCAAGACAUACGCUGGCACUAAUAUUUACCGGAUCGUUAAUAAAUUUUUGUUUCUAGGUGGAGAUAUCGUGAACAACGACGGCACAGGAGACACAAGCAUCUACGGCGGCACAUUUCCGGACGAGACUCAUGUUGUUCAAUUUUGGGCCCCUGGAUUCUUAGCUAUGUACAAUCAUGGUAAAAACAAAAAUGGAUGCCAGUUCUUCGUUACGUGUAUGGCCACUACCUGGCUCAGCGAUGUAUACACCGGGUUCGGAAAGGUGCUUUUUGGACUUAGGACCGUGGUCCUGAUCGAGAAAACUGAAGCAAAUCGGCAGGGGCAGCCCCUUGUGCCGAUCACAAUAGUCAAAUGUGGAGAACUACCCCUUGACACACCUGUUUCUGCGAUCAGUCAAGGAAGCCUCAAUCGUUCAAAAGUCAAUGUCAAUCCUAUCAAGUGAAUUGAUUGACCUGUUGUCUCUUCAAGUGACUCAUUGCUAACAGUCUGCCUCAACAAAUCACCAUCGCAUGUACUUGUCAGUUUCCCAAAGCAAUAAUUUUCAACAGAAGCUGUCUACUUUUCUCAGCGGAUGUUAGAAUCUUGGCGUGUAUCCUGUUUCCUACUAGCUUUUCCAACAUCAUCUAACUGUGGAUAGUGAAUAUCCUUUCCUGGAGCUUGUGCCGUUAAGCUGAGAAUUCGAUACUUACUGGGGAACAUUAAAAACUUACAACCUCUACACGGAGCCUGCAGUGAAGAAAUAUUUAAAUGGACCUUCAUACAAGUUCCUGUAUCUUGUCAGUGGCUAAAGUAAAAAGUUGCAUUAUUCCAACUGCAGCAUUGCAAGUCACUGCUCAUGUUUCACCUUUUUAAAAGGAAACCCAAGAUUAUUUUUUCUUUAAAUUUUUGGUGAAAUUUUAUCACUCAUUCUAAAAUAUUCACAGACAAUUUAAUAGAAAUAUUUUGUACGGUUUUCUUUCGGAGGAAUGAAACAUAAAGAAUUUGAAAUUAUGCAAUAGA